CCCAAUCCGGCAGGCAUGGCUGCGAGCGCCGGGGAGCCGCUGAGGCGGCGGCCGCGGCGGGGGGCAGCCGGACCGGCGGGAGACGCCCCCGACCCCCGGGAGGUGCGCGACCCUCCGGCGCCUCCCCUGCGCCCCGGCUCCUUCUGGCUGACGCGGCUGGCGCUGGUGCGCGCCACCGCGCUCAUUUACUUUGUUGCCUUUCUGGUUGCCUACCAUCAAAACAAAGCACUUAUUGGGGACCGAGGGCUUCUGCCGUGCAAGCUGUACCUGGAGAAUGUGAAGCGCCAUUUCAAGGGCAGAAUAAACAUGGAGACAUUAAGCUAUGCCCCAACUUUGAUCUGGUUCCUGGACUGGUCCAGCAUGGACAGCAUCCUUGAUGCCUUCGCUCUCAUUGGUUUGGCCAUCUCAGCUUUUGUCCUGGUCACUGGAUGUGCCAACAUGAUUCUCAUGGCUGCUGUGUGGAUAAUCUACCUCUCCUUAAUUAACGUGGGACAGAUCUGGAGAGGAGAUUUCAGACGCCAAACCCUGUUGAUAUCACCGCAAAGUUCUUUUCAACUUCCCUCCAACUGGUAUUCCUUUGGUUGGGAAUCGCAGCUUCUGGAAACGGGUUUUUUGGCAAUCUUCCUGUGUCCUUUGUGGACUCUCUCCCGGCUGGCCAAGGACACACCCCCUUCCUUUAUUGUCAUCUGGGCCUAUCGUUGGCUUAUUUUCAGAAUCAUGCUCGGAGCGGGGAUGAUUAAAAUGCGAGGGGACCGUUGCUGGAAAGAUUUGACAUGCAUGAAUUACCAUUACGAGACCCAGCCGGUUCCCAACCCCGUGGCCUAUUUCAUGCACUGGUCGCCUUGGUGGUUCCAUGCCUUUGAGACCCUCUUCAACCAUUUCAUAGAACUGGUCGUGCCUUUCUUUGUCUUCUUGGGGCGGCGCAUGUGUAUAGUCCAUGGCGUUCUUCAGAUCCUCUUCCAGGUGCUGCUGAUCAUAAGUGGGAAUCUAAGCUUCCUCAACUGGCUAACCAUCGUGCCUAGCAUAGCAUGUUUUGAUGAUGCCUCCUUGGGGAUCUGGUUUGGUUCCGGCAAAGGAUCUCUGAAGGCCUACGUCUUGAAGAUACAAGCUGAACAGGCAGCAGGGAAAGUCAGCCCUUUGCAAUACGGGAGCUACAUCCGCAAAGCUGUGAAUGUAUCCGUAGGGGCACUGAUCAUCUUCCUCAGCAUUCCAGUGGUUCUCAAUCUGAUUAGUUCCCGGCAGAUCAUGAAUACUUCCUACAACCCCCUCAGGAUCGUCAACACAUACGGAGCAUUUGGAAGCAUAACCAAAGAGAGAACCGAGAUUGUAAUCCAAGGGACUUCCAGCUCAGACCCCAAUGAUCCUGCUGCAGUUUGGGAAGAGUAUGAAUUCAAGUGUAAACCAGGGAAUCUGCGGAGGCGGCCCUGCCUGAUCAGCCCCUACCAUUAUCGUCUGGAUUGGCUCAUGUGGUUUGCUGCCUUCCAGACCUACGAGCAGAACGAGUGGAUCAUUCACUUAUCCGGGAAACUCCUGGCCAACGAGAAGGAAACAUCGUCUCUUCUGGCCUUCAACCCAUUUGAAGGCAGGGCACCCCCCAAGUGGGUCCGGGGAGAACAUUUCAGAUACAAGUUCAGCCGGCCAGGUGGGCAGCACGCCCAGCAGCAGAAAUGGUGGAUCCGUAAGAGGCUUGGACCCUACUUCCCGCCCAUCAACCUUCCAGGACUGAAGAAGUUUUUCAAAGCUCGAAACUGGCCUGAGCCAAAGCAGACACAGCCUCUGGGGAAGCGAGGCAGCUCCCAACAAGGUCCUGAAUCCAUCGCUUGCAAAAGGCAGCUGAAAUCCAGCUGAGAGCUGCUGGUUGACCAGUUAGUGCUUGGUUUGUGAAAACUGUUGAAAAUUUUCUUCGUCCCAUUUAAAAUAUUCAUCACUCUGACAAAAGCAGAGGGCAAGCAGUGGACUCCUAAGGACAGCAGACCGGUUCUGACCGUGGAGAGCUGGUUUCAGAAGUCCUUUUGCCACGAGAUGUCUUGUUGACCGACCUCAUGGCUUGUGGUAGGCAGAGAAAAACCUUUUUUCUUUUUCUGAUCAUUAAAAGAUGGUUAGAGACGCAUAUGGCAAAUAAAUCUAGAAUUUGGCAAUUUGCAAUAGCAAAUAUCUGAGAACCCCAAGAUGCGUUGAAGGGCCUUUGCUGGCUAACACUGUGUUGGCUUGGGAUGGAGAUGAAGAGUUUUCAGCUUCAAAAAGCCAAAAGGUUUCUAAUUUGUUCCCCAUUAGCGCAGUCGGACAAAUAUCCUUUUAGCCCAGUGUCUGGUUCCCAAGAAGUGCCCCUGGGGAGGAUAUUUCCGUGAGAUUACAUCACUAGAAGUGCUGAUUUUACUGUCUAGGAAUCUAGAAUAAAAAACCUUCCCCACCCCCUUUACUGACUGAUGCAACACGUUCUUUUAAAUGCAGCUGGAAGAAGCAAAAGUAGAAGUUGAGGUGGCUUGAACAAGCCUGUAGUUCAGAACUUUUGAACUCCUCAGCCGUAACUCAGUUACUGACGAACUGCUGUUACAUCAAUGAAUAUUUAGAGAGGACACAACCAUUAGUGCAUGAAGACAGGAGGUCUCUGCCUCCAAGAUUACAGUCUAUGUCAGGGGUAGGUAACCUCGGCUCUUUUAUGACUCGUGGACUUCAACUCCCAGAAUUCCUGAGCCAGCUAAGUCCACGAGUCAUAAAAGAGCCAAGGUUGCCUACCCCUGGUCUAAGAGAAAUCUCUUGCUACAGGUUAUCUGAUGUCAAUUGGACUUCAAUUAUACACUUGCUUCAGUUAUGAUAUGUAUCGUCUUAAUGUCUGAUCCUUCUUCUCAGGGAGAAAGCCCCCAGAAACCCCUUACCCUCAACUUAACUUUCACCUCAACACAGCAAGGUGGGUUAGGAUAAGAGAAAGUGGUUAGUCUAAAUCAGUGAUGGUAAAUCUGUUGAGUUUGGUGUGCCAAAAACAUGCAACAUGCCUAAGUUGACUCUGCUGAUGUGUCGCAGGCACCCCAAAACAAAAAAGAACCAUUUCUCUAUUCCCCACUUCUAGGCCAGCCUCAAUAGAAGCACUUGGCAUCAGAUGUUGGUGAACAGUGACGUGUCAUCUCAAAUGUUGUGGUGCCUCACCUUUGACAAUCAUGUUAGAGGUGCACCAUCGCUGGCCUAAAUCUUUGAACCUGGCCAAACAGAUCCCACCAGGUCCACACACACACACACCCCGGUGAAGCUAUGUCAGUUCUGUCGUAUCCUUGACAAGGCGGGGGGUGGUGGUGGUGGUGGUGUUGCCUGGUGAAGUUCAAGGCUGACCUUCUUAGCCAGCUGGAAGGACUUUUCUGAGUUGCUUUCAAAGAUUGUCCUGGUGGACAAUCAUUUAAAUAUGAGCCAACACGGUGCAGCAGCAGCAGCAGCAAAAAAAAGCCAACGUAGUCCUAGGUUAUUUUCUCUUCUUCCAAUUAUAUUCUCUUUUGCCAAC